CUUCCCUUCUCCCUCUUCUCUUUUUCACUCUCUCUUCUAUCUCUAUCAAAGGUAUUAGAGCCUCCUCUUUGGCUGUGGAGGAGUGGCCGGAGAUUUGGUCCUCAUUGGAGCACUGCCUUUAUUUUAAGCGAUCCAUGUCUCAGUUUUCCUAAUGGAUGAAUGAAAUCUCGGCUACGUUCUCUUUGCUUGUCAACCUGCGCCUAUACCUUCCUUCAACAGUGUUGACCUCUGCCUUUACCACAGAUAUUCCUCUUCAGCCUUUGAUCAUUGGGUCAACGAUCCUUAUAGAGUUAGGACAGAUGAACCAUGUUUUAGCUGUGAAUGAGUUCGACAACUAGCAAUAGAACAAUAACAUCAACGUAGAAAUAAUGGCGGAAUUGAAUGACGUUGAUGAAGAUGAAGAAGAAAAACAUGAGAAUGAUGUGGAGAUUGGUCUAAUUCACCUCAACGACCAAUCUGUCUCUCGAUACCUUACCUUAGUCAAAAACCAAAGACCCUAUCGAAUUAUUGUCUUCUUUGAUGCAACGUAGAUCCACGGGAAGGAGCUUUGCCUCAAGGAGCUUCAUAGAGACUUCCACAAGCUUCAUAGAGACUUCCACAACUGACGCUCUCUCAUGCCUUCUUCAACUUCCAAGGCCAUGCUUCCAUGGAAGACUUGCCCCUCACCCUCCAUUGUGUUUGCUGUCACUGACACUGUUUGCUGUCUUGACGGCACCCUCAACUGCCAUCUGACGAACUUCCUUGAUCACAGAACUAGCCCCAAUUCGAAACCCAUUAAAGGUGUUAAAUCCUCUGACAUUACUAUCAACCCCUCUCAAAACCUCUAGUUCUGACUAUUCACACCCUCUAUGGUCGCCAUUUCUUUGUCUCUUCCAGUCAUUGUCUUCUUCCACAGUGGUGGGUUCAUGUAUCUUUUGGCCACUUCCUUCUCGUACGACGUUGUUUGCAGGAAGUUUGUGUGUAUUUUUCCUACUAUUGUCAUCUCUGUGAAUUAUCAGCUCAUCUUGGAACAUCGGUAUUCUGCUGAAUGUGAUGACAGGUGAUAGUGUCAAUGGGAACUUCUUCAGUGUCAUUGGAUACAAUGCAAUCCUUGUAUGAUUGAGGGGUGAUCUUAGUGAUGUUGUAGUAGCCAAGAAUUCUUGGAACUCCGACCCCCACAACGGUACUGCUAAAGACAGAAUCUCAGACUAUGAAUGUGAAGGAUGGCCUAAAGCUAGUUGUCCAUGCGGACAUGAUUGAAUACUACCCUAUAUCUGGAUGCUACAUUCUUUUACCAUGGGCAAUGUCAAUUUGGAAGGCAAUGCAGGACUUUUUUGAUGCAGAGAUGACGAAAAUGAAAGUUGGGACCUGCUACUUUCCGUUAUUUGUGCCUUCUUCCUUUUUGCAAAAGGAGAAGGAUCAUAUUGAGGGCUUUGCGCCAGAGGUUGCUUGGGUGACAAAGGCUGGGGAUACUGAUUUAGAAACCCCUAUUGCUAUUCGCCCAACUAGUGAAACUGUCAUGUAUCCAUCGUACUCUAACCGGAUAAGGGGACAUCGUGAUUUGCCCUUGAAAUAUAAUCAAUGGUGCAAUGUUGUUAGAUGGGAGUUUAGUAAUCCCAUGCCUUUUAUCAGGAGUCGUGAGUUUCUUUGGCAGGAAGGGCAUUCUGCGUUUGCAACAAAGGAGGAGGCAGAUGCAGAGGUACUUGAUGUAUUGGAAUUGUAUAGGCAUAUAUAUGAAGAAUAUCUGGCAGUUCCUGUCAUAAAGGGCAAGAAAAGUGAGCUGGAGAAGUUUGCUGGUGGACUCUACACCACCAGUGUUGAGGCAUUUAUUCCAAACACCGGUCGCAGUAUUCAAGGUGCAACUUCUCAUUGCCUUGGCCAAAAUUUUGCUAAAAUGUUCGAGAUAAAUUUUGAAAAUGAGAAGGGAGAGAAAGCAAUGGUCUGGCAGAAUUCAUGGGCUUAUAGUACUCGAACUAUUGGAGUGAUGGUUAUGGUCCAUGGGGAUGACAAAGGGCUUGUGCUGCCGCCUAAAGUAGCUUCAGUCCAAGUCAUUGUGAUUCCAGUGCCUUUUAAAAAUGCUGAUACUCAAGCUAUAUUUGAUGCCUGUGAUGCUACUGUAAAUACUUUGUGUGAAGCAGGUAUUCGUGCUGAGUCAGACACUAGAGAUAACUAUUCUCCUGGUUGGAAGUAUGCACACUGGGAACUGAAAGGUGUUCCCCUAAGGAUUGAAAUUGGGCCAAAGGAUUUGGCAAACAAGCAGGUUCGGGUGGUCCGACGUGAUAAUUGGGAAAAGGUAGACAUACCUAGGGAUGAUUUGGUGAAGCAAGUCAAAGACUUGCUGUACAAUAUUCAACAAAACCUAUUCAAUGUUGCAAAACAAAAACGAGACGCAUGCAUUCAGGUAGUGCAUAAUUGGGAUGAAUUUGUCAAAGCAUUGAGUCAACGGAAAAUGAUCUUGGCUCCUUGGUGUGAUGAGGAGGCCGUGGAAGUUGAUGUGAAAGCAAGGACAAGGGGUGAGAUGGGAGCGGUUAAGACCCUUUGUACUCCGUUCGAUCAAUUGGAACUCCCUGAAGGUACUAAGUGCUUUGCAUCAGGAAAGCCUGCCAAGGUAUGGUCAUACUGGGGUAGAAGUUACUAGACUAGGGCCUCUCGCUAAGUUAUGUAUGGUUGAACACUAAUGGAUUUGUGGGGCACACAAAAGUGAGUUGCAUUUGCAUGUGAAAGAUAUAUUUUCCUGGUCAGUUUGGGUGGGCUUAGUUGUUAUGUAGCGUGGAUUUGUAUUGCCACGCUGACUUAAAUUAUGUCUUAUUGUUAAAACUAUCGAAUGCUUAGAAUUUAUAAAAAAAUAUUUAUUGUCAGGUCAUCAA